CUGUGAAGUCAGAACAUCAUCCAACUAGCUACAACCUAAAAUGUAACCAGUUCUUCAAGAAUUUUAACAUACUGAUCAAUUUGUAUUUAAACUCAGUUCAAAGGAUAAUCCAUGACAAAACACUAAUAAGGAUUACAAUGAAGAGUCUCCUGGUAAUAUCGCUGGUGGUGGCUGCAGCGAGUGCAGUAAACUUCUUAGAUCUCAUUCGCGAAGAGUGGAAUACCUUCAAGCUGGAGCACGAAAAGACUUACGAGAGCGAGACGGAGGAGCGCUUCCGCAUGAAGAUCUUCGCGGAGAACCGACACAAGGUGGCACGGCACAACCAGCUGUUCGCCAAGGGGCUGGUGUCGUUCCGCCUCGCGCCCAACAAGUACGCCGACAUGCUGCAUCACGAGUUCGUGCACACCAUGAACGGGUUCAACCGCACCUCCAAACACGGCAAGGGGCUGGUCGGCAAGGGCGCGGAGCACCGCGGCGUCACGUUCAUCGCGCCCGCCAACGUGGCGAUGCCCGAGCAGGUGGACUGGAGGCCGCAGGGCGCCGUCACCGACGUCAAGGACCAGGGCAAGUGCGGCUCCUGCUGGGCGUUCAGCACCACGGGUGCGCUGGAGGGACAGCACUUCCGGAAGAGUGGCUACCUGGUGUCGCUGUCGGAGCAGAACCUCGUAGACUGCUCGGCGGCGUACGGCAACAACGGCUGCAACGGCGGGCUCAUGGACAACGCCUUUAAGUACAUCAAGGACAAUCACGGCAUCGACACCGAGAAGACCUACCCCUACGAGGCCACUGACGACAAGUGCAGAUACAACCCAAAGAACAGCGGUGCCGACGACGCGGGCUUCGUGGACAUCCCCCAGGGUGACGAGGAGGCCUUGAAGAAGGCCGUGGCCACCGUGGGUCCCGUUUCCGUGGCCAUCGACGCCAGUCAGGAGUCCUUCCAGCUUUACUCCUCCGGAGUUUACUACGACGACGCAUGCUCCUCCGAGAAUCUCGACCACGGGGUGCUGGUGGUGGGCUACGGGUCGGACGAGGCGGGCGGCGACUACUGGCUGGUCAAGAACUCGUGGGGCCGCACGUGGGGCGAGCUGGGCUACAUCAAGAUGGCGCGCAACCGCAACAACAGCUGCGGCAUCGCGUCCUCCGCCUCCUACCCGCUCGUGUGAGCGCUCUCGUGGACUGGUGUGUGCGGAAGGUUCACGUUGAUCGAAAAAAACUAUAUUCGUGCGUCUUAAUAUUUUCAUUUAUGCGGUAAAAACCGAUCAGGGGUAUGGCUUCGAUAAACUUCAUCACCCCAUCCAGGUUAGCGCCCUUCCAGUUUAGUUUUGACACACGUUUAUUUCUUUAGAUGACGACAAAACUCGCCGUACAUAUUGUCCAUAAGAAUAUAAAUUCUUAUGUUCAGUUACUACAAGUUGCAUCACUUACAUUCCGUCACGAUUCGCCAUUUGAUAUUUUUAACAAUUAAGGUUAUGUAUAAGUAUGAAGAAUUUUUAUUUUAUUUUUUAAUUUUUACUUGCUAACGUGUGAUACUUCUUGUUAGGUUAAAAUAAUUUGAUGUAAGAUAAAUAAUAAAUGAAGACGUUAUA